AUGAUUAUUUAUUUUUUUAAAUAUAUUAUAUAUAUUCCUACUAUUUUUGCUAUAAUUAAUUUUAAUAAUGAUUUUGAUCCUAAUAAUGAAAUUAUUGGUGGUCCAAUUAUUCAAUGUACACCAGAAAAAGUAAAAUUUUCAAUUGAAACAUUAAAACCAUUUCAUGGUAGAAUUUAUGUAAAAGGAGAAUUUAAUAAAAAAAAUUGUGGACGAAGUUUUUCAAUGUUAGAUGAUUUAUAUGGUUAUAAUUACAAGGAAGAAAUAGAUGAUGAAAAUUCUUUUUUAGGAACAUCUAAAUUAUUAUUAAAAAAUCAUAAUAGAUAUGAAUAUCAAAAUAUUAAUGAUAUAAAGAAUAGACAAAAAUAUGAUAAAAAUGAACCACUUAUAUUUCCAAAAGGUAAUAAUAUUAAUAAUCCAAGUUAUGAAAAUUAUCUUAUGAAAUCAUUUGGUGGUACUAAAGAAUGUCCUAUAAUAUGUCCAAUUUGUGAUAAAUGUAAUUGUCAAGGUAGAGGUAAACGUAAUACAAAUAAUUGGAAUGAUUUAAUUAUUCCUAUUAAUGAAUGUUUUGCAAAAAGAGAUUCACAAAUUGAGACAGCCACAGAAGCAGUUACUUUUACUGUAAUAGUAACAUUUCAUAAAAAUUUUAUAACAAAAUUAGAUAAAUCUUAUCAAGUAAUUUGUACAUAUCCUGAAAUUUCAAAAACUGUUCAAACACAAAUUAAUGUUAGUGCUCCACCACCAAAAGAUGUAUCAAUUGUUGUUAAUCCUCCUAAAUGUUUAUAUUCACUUAAAAAUAUUCAUAAUAUAUUAGUUAAACAUGUAAAUAUUGGAGAUGAAAUAAUGCAUGAAUGGACCUGUGAAAGUCAAAAUACAAAUAUGUAUUCAAUGAUUGUUAAAAAUUGUUAUGUUGAAGAUGGUAGUGGUAGAAAAGAAUUAAUUAUUGAUGAAAGAGGAUGUUCUUUAGAUAAUAAUGUAUUAAAAACACCUAUAUAUAGUCCCAAUAAAAUGAAAGCUUAUGUUAAGUCAAAUGUUUUUAAAUUUCCAGAUAGACAAUAUAUUGACUUCCAAUGUAAUAUUGGUAUAUGUAUUAAUAGUGAGCAAGAUUGCUCAAAUAUUAGUCCACCAAAAUGUGAUGAUUCAUAUAAAAGAUAUAAAAGAGAUAUAGAUAAUAUGACUGAUCUGAACAAUUUAAAUAUUCACCUUCAUUCGCAAACAUUAACAGUUUUAGAAACAAAAAAGCAAUCAGAUAUUGAGGAAGAAGAAUCAUUGAAAUUUAUGUUAAAUCUUCCAAAUACAGAAAUAUUUUCUGUACAAUUAUGUUUAUCACUUUUAAGUUAUGGUAUAUUGAUUGCCUCAGGAACUUUUGUUUUUACUGUUUUAAGUAUGACUAUUGUAGUAUUGAAAUUUUUUAAAUAUUUUAUUUAA